CUUUUCCUUCUUGCUAUCCACUAAUCUUGCUGCUAACUUGGUUCGAUCCUUUUUUGUGUUCUUCUUUUUUCGCUUUUUUUUUUUUUUAUUUUUUUUUAUUGUGUUGUUUGCUUAAUCUAAAUCUCCCGUCCGCUAAUUUAGUCACACCCACACACCUUUACGUGCACUAGUCCCUGACCCAUGGAAGCCAUCGUUGGAAGGGUCUUAUUAGAGUAGCCAAACCCUCGGCCUCAUCGUCACUAUCAUCGCCGACUCUAAUGAUCUCACGACGAGACGACUGACCACUCGCACCAUUCCCGUCCCAACACACACCUCCUAGCCGGCUGCCUGAGAUCUCCUAAACGAAUCCCGGCACUAUCGCGCGGUCCCACAAGCUUCCAGAUCGACCGCGAACUCGGAAGUGCAUAUCCGAGGGUCCGAAGUGCACUUUUCCCCCUUUCUUCAACAAAAAACCCCAACGCGCACCAUGCCCACUGGCGAACAAAUGGACGCUCUGGGAGCUUUUUCUUAUCUCUCAGACAACGCACCGACCUGGAUUGAUCGGCUUUCUGAGUUGGCUGCCCAUACCGCAGCCAAACACGCCGAAUUCGCCAAUGCUCACAAGCGACACGCCGUCCUGAAAACCCGCCAUCGCAAGAACAGCUCCGUCUGCUCCAUUCGCACAAAUGACCUGAACUCUACACCGCCUCGCUCCGGAUUCCCGUCCCUUUCGUCUGCGCCCGAGCCUAGAGAAGGAACUGCAAUCACUACUCCGAACACCUCGGAGAACCAACCAAACUCGAACCCCCGGAAACGCAGCGCCGACGAAGCACCCUUGGGAGAGUCGAGUGACCGGGACUUCGUCGUCAGCACACGGGAUAGCCUGAUCAUUGAAUACGAUGGACACACACAGAAGGUCUUGGAGGAAAUGGUACGCAAUAUCGGGACAGCCCGCAACAACAUGCGCCGUGGAAAGAUGUCGCAGCUACGCACAUCCACCUAUCGUGGCCCCAUGACGAGUCGCGGGUCGAUGGUGUCUCCCAUUGCUGCCUCGCUUGCCGACUCCACUUCCACGGAAGGCGACGUCCUGUCCCGCAUCCGGAGAGCCCGGAGACAAGGGCCCCCGACCUCCCGAGCCCCGCCCCAGUCGCAAGGAUCGCCUUUUGAUGCGGCAGAGAAACUGCUGGAGCUGGCGCAUGGGGUGUGCGAGACUGCGGCCUACCAGUUCCUUCGGGCGGGUGACUGUUCAUCUGAAUUAGCUACCGUGAAGCAAAAGCUCCAGAGCCUGCUCGAUCUGGCGACUAAAGAAGUGCAACGACUCAAGGCAGAGCAAGUAGAAGUGACGGUAGUGCAGGAGGCGAAUGCACCGACACCGACACCGACACCGGCACCGGCACCGGCGGCCGCGAAGCCCACCACGACGAUGGACGGCGACCGUCUCUCCGUGACCAAGAUGGAGACCAUCGAAGUGGAUGACGGGUCUGACUCGGUCGAGUCGAUUGAUUUGAUGGUCUUUCGAUCUAGCCGUAUUCAGGGGUAGGAUUUGAAUCUUUUGAAUUGGCGAAGCAUAGCGUUUGGCGGGGGACACUCAUUUUUCACAGCAUGCACGGGGUCAAGCGAUCGUUUUUAAUAUUCCCCUGGCGAUGAUACCACUGGACCACACUUAGCCAGCGUUCUUCUAUAUACAAGCGUGGCUGUCAAUUCUUCAGUAGCGUGGUUUUAGCUAUAGCAUAAUGGUGUUUAGUUUGUCGAUUAGUGAACAUUUACAUACUAC